ACGCUUUGCUUCUCUCUCUCGCUAAACUUGCAAACACUUGCAAUUUGGUCCACUCAGUCCCCUUCAUUUUCAUGGCCGUGGUCUGCAAACCCUAACCCCGAAAUCCACUCGAAACCCUCCAAAGAAAGAAAAUCUGCAGGCGAUGGAGAAUCUCUCUUACUCUUCGUACCCAGACUCGCGUGACUCCUCCCCUCGCUCUCGAGAAAUCGAUGAUAACUCGUCAUGGGAAGAGCCCGCCUCCAACAACUACAAGGUCAAGUUUAUGUGCAGCUAUGGAGGCAAAAUCCAGCCUCGCCCUCACGAUAACCAACUCGCCUAUGUAGGUGGCGACACCAAAAUCCUUUCCGUCGACCGGAAUAUUAAAUUCUCUGCGAUUAUGGCUAAAUUGUCGUCUAUAUGUAAUGAUAAUGAUGUGUGUUUCAAGUAUCAACUUCCUGGUGAGGAUCUCGAUGCGUUGAUAUCGGUAACAAAUGAUGAGGAUCUGGAACAUAUGAUGAUGGAGUAUGAUCGCCUCCACCGUGCCUCCGCAAAGCCUGCCAGGUUGAGGUUGUUCAUUUUCCCGUUGAAUCUGCCGCCGUCGGUGGCGAAGGGAGGGUUUGGAGGAGGUGGUGAGGUGAAGCCGGAGCGGCAGUGGUUUGUGGACGCUUUGAAUUCUGUACAGGUGCAGCCUCUCGAAGGCUCAUCACCCCAGGCAGUGGUUGCCGGGACUGGGCCUGCGGGGACUUCAGAUUUCCUGUUCGGACUGGAAAAGGGGUUCCCGGCGGUUGCCCCUACUAAAUUCCAGGAUGCACCGCCGCCGGUUCCUGUUGUCCAGGAUGCCGUAGUCAAGGAUGUUUAUGCUGGAUCGGACUGCGGAUCCGAGGAUCGGCCCGUGAUUGGGGAGCCUGUAUUGCCUUCCGUGGAGAUUCAGAGGCAGAUCCAAGAAUUGCAGAGAAUGCAAAUUGCUGCUGGUCAACAAGAGCAGGCUAUUUUGCAGAGAAAAAUCGACGAGGGAAACCCUCGUAUCUAUAACGCUGGCGACUAUUUCACAACUCAGAAAUUGCCGGAGCAAGUUCUGCCAACUCCGGCGCCGGUACCUAUGCCAAUUCCGGCUGCUUAUUAUCAGGAAAGGCACAUGACCACUGGCGGUUAUCCUGUCGCUGCUGCUCCCGCGGCCACCGGGACUGAGCAGCAAGUGUAUCUUAUUCAAACUGCCACCGGAGUCUAUCAAGCACCAGCACUGCGACCGGUGACAGGACAAGUUGGUCAGCAUUAUUAUGGAGUUCAAAGGGUAGGCCAAGACGUGUACCGGGAGCAGCCGAUGUACAGUGCAGUUCCACCACCGACAGCGUCAUUUCAGCAGCAGCCAAAAGUUGGGGCCUAUACUGAAGGGAUUGGAAUGGUGCAGCCAAAGACUGCCGUGACGGAGCCUGGCUAUGUACAGGUUGGAUAUGACGGCGCGGGAAGGCAAGUCUACUACACAGCACCUCCGCCAUACCAGGCAGUGGCUACGGCUGAUGGAAGACAGGGCGGUGGCGCAGUUAAUCAAGAGGGUAAGGUUGUUCAAAAUGCCAAGCCUACACAAACCUCUUCUGUGUGAAUUUUAUUUUCAUAGAAUAACAUUUUGUUAGCUGGUUUUUAUUUAUAAUUUCAUUGAAAUAAGGAGGUUAUAGAAUUGAUAUUAAAUGUUGCUGCAUUAUGGAAUAUUUUUUGGGUACUGCUGGUUUGAAAUUGUUUGCUGGGUAAAUUAAUGGGGACUUGAUAAUGGUGUAGAUUUGAGGAUGAUUAGUUUAUUACAGUUGGCAAAGUUGUCAUUCCCUUGAA